UAUAAAUUAAGCCCUUUCUGCUUAGAGCCUUUACACCACAGCACAGAGAUGCAGAAGUUCUAACAAACUGAAGCUCUAAGUGUUGUGCAUGUUCAAGAGAAUACUAACCAACAAGUUGGUGAACAUGAAGUUGUGCAAAGAGAAGAAAAAUCUAAAAGUUAUAUUGGUUCCAUAUCCUGCACAAGGGCAUGUGACUCCCAUGUUGAAGCUAGCCUCAGUCUUUAUCAAUGGCGGAUUAAUAACGGAGGCAGUGCUGGUUACACCUGAAUUCAUUCACAACCGAAUCAUUUCAAGCGUCGACCAUGAGUCCAAGAAUAAGAUUAGAUGCAUGUCGAUACCAGAUGGGUUGGAGAAGGAUGCUCCAAGAGACUUUUUUGCCAUAGAAAAUGCUAUGGAAAACUUCAUGCCUGCUCACUUGGAGAAGCUUAUUGGUAACAUUGUUGAUGAAGAUGAUGAUGGGAGAGUGGUGUGUGUAGUGGUUGAUUUGGUUGCAUCGUGGGCUAUUCAAGUCGCUGAACGGUGUGGCCUCCCUGUGGCCGGGUUUUGGCCUGCCAUGCUUGCCACUUACCGCUUGAUUGCUGCUAUUCCAGACAUGGUCCAAGCCGGCUACAUUUCUAACGAUACAGGUUGCCCCCAACAAUUAGAAAAAGCACACUCGCUUCCUAAUCAGCCAAUGUUAUCAACUGAAGAUCUUCCCUGGCUAAUUGGAACUCCUUCGGCAAGAAAAUCAAGAUUCAAUUUUUGGACCAGAACAUUAGAAAGAUCAAGGAAACUAAGAUGGCUUUUAGUUAACUCUUUCCCAGAAGAAUUCAUAGACAUAAAGCAACAAUAUCACUUAGAUAGAAGUCAUCAUCAACCUUUAGUUUAUUUAAUUGGACCUCAAAGUCAUCAGCAAGCAAUGACCAAAAACCCUACCUUCUGGGAGGAAGACAUGAGCUGCAUAGAAUGGCUGGACAAACAAAAGCCAAAAUCAGUCGUUUACAUCUCGUUCGGCAGCUGGGUCAGCCCCAUCGGCGACGCCAAAAUAAAGAGCCUGGCGAUGGCGCUCGAAACCUUGGGAUUGAAUUUCAUCUGGGUGCUAGGGUUAGCAUGGCGGGAGGGAUUGCCGAAAGGGUUUUUAGAGAGAGUGACAAAGUCUUCAAAAGGGAAAGUGGUUUCAUGGGCACCGCAAAUGAAGGUGCUGCGGCACGAAGCUGUGGGGUGUUUUUUCACGCACUGUGGGUGGAACUCGACGAUGGAAGCCAUUGAAUGCCGGAAGAAGCUGCUGUGCUGGCCGGUGGCAGGGGAUCAAUUUGUGAACUGCGCUUAUAUUGUGAAAAUAUGGAAGAUUGGAGUGAGGAUCAAUGGCUUUGGACAGAAGGAUGUUGAAGAAGGGUUGAAAAGAGUGAUGAUAGAGGAGAAGGGUGAGCUGAAUAUUAGGUUAAUGAAGCUGCAUAAGAGAACCAUGGAAGAAGAUGCAAGGUCAAGAAUAAUGGAGAAUCUCACAGCCUUUGUUGAUGAUCUUAAUAAUAAAGUUGCAACUUCAGAACAAAAUCAAACCAAGAGGGUUAAGGAUGUUCAAUACUUGAGUUAAUCUCCCAUG